GCGACUUGGAGCUUGAUGGUGCUCUUUGCAAUUGCAAUCGACCUUCGUUCUACUAACAGUAUCACUGUUCAGGUAUACGUACAGGUUAGUGACCCCAUGUCUCUCAAUUUUUACAGCCUAUAUGAUGAAACACAACCUUUUUUUAUUUUUCUGGUACCUCUUAUUUUAGGGCUGGUUCUCGUAACCAGCUCAAUGAAUGGAAUGGACUUCUGAAAAAGCUGUUACUACUCUACGUGUUUAUCAGUCGUUUAUUCGAGCAAUUGCUGACUCGUGGAUGUAUAGGAACUUUA